GUGAGAAAUCAGGACCUUUGAUAUUUAAGAAAACUAUGUUUAACUCAACUGAGAUCAAAUUUUCUGUUCAGUCCUUCCAUUGUCCUGGGCCUGUGAGGUUUACCAUAGGCUGGUAUUUGAAGCAUUACACCUGCCAAAAUGAAUUUUCUAAGCUGGAGGAGCUGUCACAGAAGCCUGAAAGUGUUGAUGAAGACUUUUGUGCUCAUUAUUUCGAGAACAUCGAAUGCUGGACAACAAAAAAUGAAAACUUAGAUUGCAACAGUGAUUUGCAGGUGUUUCCCUCAUUAUACAAUAAGGAACUGAUUACAAAUAUCAGAAAUGUUUCAAACCAGGAAGGAUCAAUGGAUGUUGUUGCAAGAACCCAGAGAGAUGGGUUUCACAUCUUUAUUGUUUCAAUUAAAACAGAAAAUACGGAUGCAAACUGGAGUUUGAAUGUUUCUCUCUCUAUGAUGGGGCCGAAAGGAUACCUCUCUGCCUCCGACUGGCCUCUCAUGAUUUUCUACCUGGCCAUGUGCAUCGUGUACGCCCUGUAUGGCGUGCUCUGGCUCGUGUGGUUGGCCUGCUACUGGAAAGAUAUAUUAAGAAUCCAGUUCUGGAUCGCAGCUGUCAUUUUCCUGGGAAUGCUUGAAAAAGCAGUUUUCUAUACCGAAUACCAGAACAUCAACAGCACUGGGCUGUCGACUCAAGGACUGUUGAUCCUGGCAGAGCUGAUCUCCGCCACCAAGAGGACACUGGCUCGCCUGCUGGUGAUCAUCGUGAGCCUGGGCUACGGCAUCGUAAAGCCUCGCUUGGGGACAGUUAUGCAUCGGGUGAUUGGACUUGGGCUCCUCUACUUGACCUUUGCAGCAGUUGAAGGCGUGAUGAGAGUCGUCAGGGCAAAUGACUCUGAUCUUGUGCUUCUGGCCAGCCUUCCCCUGUCUCUUCUUGACUCUGGCUUGUGCUGGUGGAUUUUUAUAAGCUUAGCACAAACAAUGAAGACUCUGAGGCUCAGGAAGAACACGGUGAAAUUCUCUUUAUACAGGCACUUUACAAACACUCUGAUCUUCGCCGUGCUUGCUUCCACAGUGUUUAUGGUGUGGACGACUAAGACAUUUAGAUUUGCCACAUGUCAGUCGGACUGGAUGGAGCGCUGGGUUGAUGACGCAUUUUGGAGCUUCCUUUUUUCGCUCAUUCUUCUUGUAAUAAUGUUUUUGUGGAGACCGUCAGCAAAUAAUCAGAGGUAUGCCUUCAUGCCCUUAAUAGAUGAUUCUGAUGACGAAGAUGAAGAAUUUAUGGUGACAUCUGAAAAUUUGACUGAAGGAAUAAAAUUAAGAACCUCAAAACCUGUUUCCAAUGGGACAACUAAACCUGCUACUGCCGACAAUUUUGAUGAAGAUUUGAAGUGGGUGGAAGAAAAUCUUCCGUCUUCAUUUACAGACGUGGCUGUGCCCGUGCUGUUGGACUCAGACGAGGAAAUCAUGACCAGAUCAGAAAUGGCCGAAAAAAUGUUCUCUUCAGAGAAGAUAAUGUGACAGGAAGCUAGCUCACAGCGAAGCACCCUGGCCUCAGGCAGCCCGUGCUGAUGUCCUGCCACCUGGAGACUGUGCAUGAGAAUCUGGUGGGGGGGCAGGUUCUGCCUCCCUGUCAAGCUGACUCUUGAUGACAGUUUAAUGCCCACUAAGUUGCCCGACUUGGAGAUAAUCUGAGCGAAGUGUUAUGACAAGCUCCAUGCCCAACGUGCUAAGCUGAUGGGUGGCAGGUGUGUGGGUUUCGGUCAUUUUUUUUUCUUCUAGAAAAUACGACAUUUCUAGAUUUAAACACUUUUUACAUACACUCCUCCAAUUCUUCCACCAACUCCUGAGGCAGAUGGUACAGCUCCUGAAGCACAGUCAGAGGUGUCCCUGUAUCUUGGUUUAGCAUCACAAGAUGCAGUAAUAAUCUCCUUUGCCUUCUAUAUGGAAGUGAUGGGAACAGGGUGUUUAUGUGGCUUGCUGCUCUGAGAGAGAGAAGCACACGUGUCUGCACAGAGCCGUUUGUCCUCAUCACCCUGCACAGCAGGUCAUGGCAUUGGGGCCUCACUGUCUGAGCUCAGGGGACACAGGUGCAUGGAGAGAGAAGUCUUGAGAGCCACUUCCUGAGAUUUGCUCUCACUGUCCCCUCACUCAGGCUGUCUGUGCUGCUGUUGAACCUGCCUGGCCACCUGGGUUCCCCAGACCUUUUCCUCCUGGCAUGCGGGUGACCCUGGAGAAAGCUAGAACCUCAUCUUUUCUGUAAUCUUGACACAUUCAAUUUCAUAAUAAAACCUAUUAUUUAACUGUACAGGACAUCACUGUUCAUCACGUAAUUAAUUUCUUAACCUUCAACCAUGUUUUAUAUAUUAUUAUAAUAUGAUUUGAAAUUUUUUGUUUGAUUUUUUUUUUAAUGCAGAACAUUCUAAACUUGAAAGGCAGUUGAAUGUAGUGUGGAAAUGUGGGUAUUUGCUGCUUUCAUGACCAAAGAUCAGGACUGGUGUGCAUCUAGAGCAGGGGUCACGGUGAGGACCGUGUGUGUCUCUGAAGGAGUCCUGACCUUUGCUGAGACUAACACCAGAGAAUUUUGAUGGAGAAGCACUGACGAGUCACCAGUACAAACACCUAAACGUGACCUUUAAUUUUUUUUUUACUGUAAAACCACAAAACAAGAUUCUCUCUUUCAAAAUUCUCCCUUUAGAAUUUAUUUCUCAUCGACCCUUUUCAGAAGCUAGAAGAAAAGAUUGAUUUCUAAUAGUGACGUCUCUUGAAAGAUACUUUCAGAUUUGUUUUCAGCAGUGACUGUUGAACAGUGUUGUAGUGAAAACUCAAGAUGCCACCACUUUGGGACGUUCUGCCAGGGGGCAAGUGACUUCACAGCGUGGCUUCACCCUGCACCUUUCCUGGCCCACACGUCCUUGCCAGUCCGGGUGCGUGCUCUCUCAGCCCUGGAGGUGCCCACUGUCUCACUCAGACACUUCUACCUAAUGCCACUUCCCGGCUUUCAGGGCUCGCUCACCCCAACACCUGGGGCUCCAGUGAAGUUUUGAAUGUGGACCUCUGGCGUCCGGCCAGGAGGAGCUGCCAGCUGACGGGCUGACGGGCCAUCCAACGUAACCGCGGCCACGUUCACGAAAGCCCUGUCUGAGUUAGAGAGAAUGACGGUGCCAGUCCCCGCGUCAUCCAGAGGAGGCCCGCACCAAGUCACUGUCAGCAGUGACCUGAAUCAAGGGCUCUGUGGAGGCUUCCGAGCCCUGGCGCUGAGCGUUGUCCACACACAACAGCACCCUGGCCACUGCCAUCCUGCUUCUGGCCAACGGUUCUGGAGGCCAGUUGUCAGGGCCAGGUUGGUUUCUCCUUAGUGGCCAUGGCCGGGAACGGGAGGGGCAGGAGGAGGAGCAGGGACAAGAGUCCAGUUUACGUGUUCCCAGGCAAAGCGCUUACAUGUUAUUCUGCACUUCGUGUUUGAUCUACAUGGUGUGUGAAAUGUACUUAGACGGGAAUUUUCAUGAUUUGAGUUGGAUUAGUGUCAAUAUUUGCUCUAAAGGAUGUUUGUUAGUUUUAUUUUAAAAAAUAAGAAAAAUAGAUGAAUAUGUAAAUCUUUUAAGCCUGGGAGAUGAUAAGAUGUUCCCAUACUUCUCCUAUAAAGAAAAUAAUUUCUUAAUCUUUCAUAUUCUGUAGAAAUAUGAAAUUACCAGCCUCCACCUGUGAUACAGCACAUUGUUUGCACUAUGUCAAGACCAAAAGUAUAAAAAAUGUGCAUAUCAGAUUGAUUUUAAUAUCCUUUUUUAAAAAGGGAUUGAGUCUAUUGCACUAGGCUACACAUGACUGAUUUAAAGUCAAAUCAGUCAUUUGUGCUACAUUUAUAAUCACUGAUUUUGAUGCUUGUGUCUUUGUGUGAUCAGCAGCUUGCAAUACAAAACACCAAGCCUUAUACUGAUAGUUAAAGUUCUAAACAUAUCACGUGUAUGUAAGUGACAAAUGAGACUUUUAAGGAAAUGUGCAUUAUGAUACCAGAGCUCACCGCUGCACUAAGAAGCUUCUUUAUAUCUAGGAAAACAUGUAUUUGGGGAGAAAGUUUAGGGGCUAAAGAAGUUAUAUUUUUCUAUUUAAAAUAGUUGUUAUUGUAUAAUUAGGAAGAAGUUGCUUUGAAUGUAGGACAAAACUAUUUCAAAGAUUUUUGUUUGGAAAAAAAUCGAUGUACUUUGUGCCUUAAUAUUGGUUCUGACUUUUAAUAAACUAUUUGCUGAAAUGUUG